UCUCCAAGAGCCCUAAAAACCAGUCGAUGGUUUUGGGGAAGAAUGCAGCGCCAUCGCCAUCGCUUCGCUGUGAUUUCGGCGCUGCACAGGUCUUUUCGCGGUUCAAUCGCUCGUCGCGCCUCACCGGGAAGCGGGCGCUGUGGAUCCCAAGAGCUAUCAGCGGCGGGAAGAAGAAUCACUACGAGAUUCUUGGGCUGCACUACAAUGCGAGCCCGCUGGAGAUCAAGAAAGCGUUCCGGCAGCUUGCGCACAAGUACCAUCCGGAUGUGAACAAGGCCGCGGACGCGGAAGAGAUUUUCAAGUCUGUCCGAGUAGCGUAUGAGGUUUUGUCCAACGAGACUAGCAGAAGAGAAUACAAUCAAACACUUCAUCACCAAAGAACCAGGACAACCAGUUCUCCAGAGGGGACGGACUACAAUUCUUUCAGAUAUGCACGCUCUCAAAGCUAUAGAUACUAUGAACGCGUGGAUUUCGAUACCAGUGACUACGAGAGAAGGUCCGGACGCUCGUCUCGUAGGAGACGAAAGUUUGAGCCGACUUGGGUGAGGAGGCACAGGACCGGGGCCAGGGACGACGAAUUCGAUAGCUCAAACAUGGCCGAGGAAUCACAGGAUGACGGAGAAGACUGGCUGGCGGAGUGGCAAAGCUCCCGAAACAUGAUCUUUCUAGCAACUUGGACGCUGGCAGUGAUCUUCUACAGGUUUGGAAUCCGGGCAGCUCUGGCAGCUCUUGGCGUCGCGAUGUCUUUCCGGACCAAGCUCUCGACGUGGUACAAACUGGCACUCGCAGUAGCAUGGCUGAUUGGAGGUGGCAGAGGCAUGCUCGUGGCUUACUUGGUGAUGCAAGCGAGCUCGCUGUGGGGAGGAGCUUGCGACGUUGCCGUCUUCACGCUCGUCUUUGGGAUUUGGCUGCGAGGAAGCUUUCUCUCGGGCUACGUCUUUCUGCCACCGCCAGUUCUUUUGCUCGUGGCGAUGAAGCUCGUAAGAAGCUCGGGCUUUUGAUCGUCACGGGCUUCCUGUGUUUCGAUCCUCUGCAUGGUUUUUGGAUCGAGCUCGUUUUCUUUACGUUAUCAGCAAUCCGUGACAGAUGGUCUUGAUCUCUUC